AAAACAAAAGAAUUAUAAAGAAAAAAAGUUUUCAUCAUUUAAAAUUAAAAAAUAUAAGUAAGAAACAAGGAUGCAUGGACGAUUGAAAGUAAGAACGAGUGCAGAGGAAGCAGCAAGGAAGAAGAAGGAACAGGAUUUGAAGGCAAAAGCUUAUAGAAUUGGAAUGGAUAAGAUUUUUUCGUUGAGAUCGUCUGAAAGUUUCGGUAGUGAAUUAUUGGAACUGACUGGAAAAAUUCUUUCCGUGAAUCCAGACUUGUCAACGUUGUGGAACAUACGUCGUGAAUGCAUACUCAAAAUGACUGAAGAAAACAAGGAAGAUUCAACUUUAUUUGAUCGAGAUUUGGGAUUUACUGAGUUAUGUCUUCAAAUUCAGCCUAAAUCAUAUGGAGCAUGGCAUCAUCGUUCAUGGAUUUUAGAGAAUUCGCCGAAGCCUGACUGGGAUAAAGAAGUUAAUUUAUGUAAAUUAUAUCUUAAAAAGGAUGAACGUAACUUUCAUUGCUGGGAUUAUAGACGUUAUGUAGUCAAGAAAGCAAAUGUAUCAGCUGAGAAGGAAUUCGAAUUUUGUGACGAUAAGAUUCAGAAGAACUUUUCAAAUUAUUCAUCAUGGUUCUAUAGAUCUCAGUUACUUCCAAUUUUACAUCCACAUGAAAGCGACCAAUCUAGACCAAUAUCUGAGGAAAAAUUGAAGGAAGAACUAGAAAUUGUAAUAACAGCAGCAUUUACAGACCCAAAUGAUUCAUCAGCAUGGUUUUAUCAGAGAUAUUUAUUAGGAUAUUCAGAUCCAAAAUUUGAUAUUGCAUGCUUUAAGCUCAUUAAACAGCACAUGAUUAUUGCAUUCACGAAAGCUGUUGAUUUGAAUAGAGAUAAGAUAAGCAUUUUUAUUGACAAUAAUUGUGAUAGUCAAUGGAUGGCUAUAUCUGGCAAUAAAAGUGACUGCAUUUGGAUUAAUCGAGGCGAUUUUGAAAUCACUGAUGAGAUUUUAAUUAAAGUCACUCACGCUGAUCAAGAAUAUUCAUUAACUGCUAAAAAGUAUGACAAAAGUGCCGUAAUUGGUUGCAAACUUCCUUCUUUUGGCUAUGAAUUCGGAAUUGCUGUCAAAGAGGAACUUAAAAAUCAGCUAGAAUCGUGCAAUCAACUCUUAGAAUUUGAACCAGAUAGCAAAUUUACUUUACUAACGGCUGCCUUAUUAAUGCGUUCAUUAGAUCGAUUCCACUAUCAUGAAGAGACUUUAGAAUAUCUUAAGAAGCUACAAACAGUAGAUCCAUUAAGAUAUGGAUAUUAUAGAGAUCUAGCUAGUAAAUGGAUAUUAGAAGUAAAGCUUAAAGAAUUUGUGGAAAGUGGAAAAUACGAGAAAAUCGACUUGACAGCACUCGAUCUUACAACUGUCUAUUAUAAUCAAUUCUUAGUCAUUGCAAAUGAAAUUGAUCUACGUGAAAAUCCAGCAUUGAACAAAAAUUCCUGCAAGUUUUCGCUAGUUGAAGGCUGCAAUGUAAGCUUUUAAAUCUGUCAUCACUUAGCUAUCGAUCAUAAUUUGUUGCUAAUAUUAUGUGC